AUGACAACAAACAUCACAGGAAGGAACAUCCGGGAACAUGACUAUAUUCAGUUCCAAUGUGUAGGUCAUGCGAACCCAGCCAGUGUCAUAUGGAGCUGGUACCGCAAUGAUCACCCAAUUAAAGAUGCAACCUCAAAUACUUUCCACAUUGAAGCCAUUUCCCCAGAGUACAACAAGAACAAAAUUUCUUGUGAGGCAACUAAUACGGUGGGAAGUUCACGGGUGGACAUGAUCCUCAAUGUUGAAUAUGGUGCAAGAAUACAAGAGAUCACAGAAGUUGUUGGUGCAGACGUGGGCCAUCCUGCGGAGCUUUCCUGUGAAGCAGACGGCAACCCUGAACCCAGUGUAAUAUGGAGACGUAAGGACAGGACCACAUAUGCUCACCGCACGCUGUCCGUUCAGAAGGUUUACCAGAUAGAGCGUGUUAACAGCCAGGAUUUUGGCUGGUAUGUGUGUACAGCUACAGUGAUUGGAUUCCCAGAUACAAGUAGAGAGGCGAUGUUGUUGAAAAAUGAUCGACCAAACAUGAGGAGCGAAAAACAGCAAAUGGCCACAGAAGGAGAGCGGGGAAAAUUGGAAUGUCUAACAAAUUCCAUUCCGAAACCAAAAUCUAUUAUUUGGUCAAAGGGAGGCAAGGAGAUCAACUAUGCCAUGUCUGGCCGGUUCUCAAAAGAAGAUAAAGAUCUGUUGUAUGGGGCUAGAAGUGUGUUGCACAUCCAAAGUGUACAGUCAGAGGAUUUUGGCAUCUAUAACUGCACUGUGGAAAAUGAUUAUGGCAUUGCAUUUGAUCAAAUUGAGCUUGUACAAAAACAUGUGCUGCCAAUAACCUACAUCAUCAUCUCCAUCAUUGGAGGAUUGGCAGUGAUCUUCGUCAUUGCCCUGGUCUGUGUGUUGUAUCGCAGGUGUAAGAAAGAUGACCAAGGUAGUGUUUUAGGUUCAUAUGCAGACACAGACAGUUCCUCAGACAAGAAGAGAGAAAAAACAGACUCACCAAAUACUUUAAUGGGACAGUUGCGGCAGGACUACAACAAAGAUGUUUAUAGGUUUUCGGCAGACUAUGAUGACAUGCCAUAUAAGGAGCAGCAGGCCAAGGGAAACAACAAUGGUUAUGGCUUUAUUGAACCCUUUGAGGCUUAUUCCGAUAAUCAAAUUUAUGAUGGAGAAUAUGUUCACAGGGGAGACGAUUUGAUUCCAGAGAG